AUGUCCGCCGCCCACACCUACGAGUUCAACGUCUCCAUGAGCUGCGGCGGCUGCUCCGGCGCCAUCGACCGCGUCCUCAAGAAGCUAGACGGAGUCGAAAGCUACGAGGUGUCUCUCGAGAAUCAGACCGCCAAGGUCGUCACCGAGCUACCGUACGAGACGGUCCUGAGCAAGAUUGCCAAGACGGGCAAAAAGGUCAACUCGGCGACGGUGGACGGCCUCCCCGCGUCGCUCGAGUCGAUUGCAUAG